AAAACUGUGGUACACAAGCCCGUGGUGUGAUAUUAUAUAUAGUUAUCAGUUAAUAAUCAUGGUAUAUUUUCUAUGCAUAGGUUUAGUGUGUGAUUGACAAAAUGUGGGGAUUGGCGAAAUGCAGUUUUCUUCUCACUUUUUAUUUUAUGAGGUCUUCUUCUGUCCCAGUCUGCUUAAUAUAUAAGAAUGCUACUGUAAAUGCAUCAGUUCCUAAUGAAAUGCAGAUGCAGGUUAGCGUGAACACCAAUGCUGUCUCAGUAACUGGAAUGCCCCCCAGAGUGAACACGACUGCCUUGACAUAUGUUGAGCUCAAAAUUAAUUUCACCAAUCCUGCAUUAUCUGUGAUUUCAAUGGAACGAAGUAUAGAGGUAAUAGAUGCAACAGGGAACCUGCCAAAAGUUCAUCUUGCAACAACACUCAAAGCAUCACCAGGAAUGACAAUACUUCAUGAAGUUACUCUGGAAGAGAAUCUUGCAGGUGGAUUGCAAGCAUUUCUUGGUUCAGGGCUUUUACCUCCAUCUAGCACACCAGGACUUCAGAUUAUUGGACGAACACAAUUCACUUAUUCAUAUAAUAGUUCUCUUGCUGCAGAUAAUAAUGCCACCUUGCAAUACACAGCAGAACCUUCAGGAGAUCAAGGCCAGGAUCUUGCUGAAGGAAGAACUAAGUUUACUUCAUAUGUCAGCUUUAGCCAUAGUGCAAACUUGUAUGGUCCUUUUCCACUUGAUAUUUGCAUAUGGACUACAUAUGACUUUCAGACUAAUAUUAUCUAUGAACAGGGCUAUACAGCACUCUCAUUCUUCUUGGCAAUGCUGGUGGGGUUUAUUCUGGUAGCACUAGCUGUCAUCUUGUUCUUGGUUAUAUGCCGGCGUUGCAGAAACAUGGUCUCUCCACAUGAGCAUCACAUCAAAGAUAAGGGUAAAACGAUUAUCUUGGAUGCCAAGGCUGCCAUGAAGAAAGGACUGAAUAUCAUCAAAGACAACAGCAUUAUAGCCUGGAAUGAGAGUCUUGUGCUGGUGCUGUCCCUAAGAGACAAGCUUCACAUGUUCCGUGAAAUAGACAACUUAGAUGUCCUUGCCACAAUCCAUGUUGACACAGACCUUGAGCAAGAGCAGAAUAAUGCAGCCAUUGAAACAACUUUACUUCUGGUACAUGGGCUGUGCCAGAACAAGGACAUCACACAACAGACAGAGGAACAUAUUGUCUCAAAAUUUAAGAGUCAGUUGAAGGAGCUUGAUAAAAGGCAAGAGGCUGAGUGCAAGAAACAGCUGGAAGUGCUGUAUACUGACAUCAGUGCUAAGAACAAGGAAAAGCUUGCUGAACUCCUGAGUAGACACAGGCAACAGAAGGCAAAAGCAUUAAUAUUUACCAAGGACCUACCAGAGAAGGAAAGAGAUAGUUUGAUGCACAUGAUCGAAACACAGCAGAGCAUGGAGGAAAAUGAGCUGAUGUUUGCCCUUGCCCUGGAGCAGAAUGAAGGUGCUGAGAAGCUCAGGAAGGAACAAGCCAUUGGAAAACGAAUGGGGAUCAAGGAACUGCUGCAGGGUCUGAUCCAAGAUACUGUCUCACAGGGCCAUCUACAGGAAGAGCAGGCUGACUGGCUGGUCAAGGAGCAUAAAAAACAGCAGGAAGCAGUCCACCGCAUGUAUGAUGAAGAAAUUUCACGCCAGCGCAUGGUGCUAGAAGAAAAGCUAGCUAGACGCCGAGCUCUUGCAAAGGCUGCAGAGGAACAGGAAGAUGAUUGUAAGGAAACUCUCAACUUGAAUGCAAACCAUUUUGUUGGUUACCUCCAGAAAGGUAAAAAACAAAAUAUGUUGUCAGCAGAACAAGCUGAGGAGUGGAUUGAUGAGAUGAAGACCAAAUCUUUGGACAUAAAAGCUGAGAUGGAGGCAGCCCGCAGAGCACAAGAGGAAGAACUCCACAAGAAACUCUCACAGAAUAAAAUCUCCCAGCUAAUGGAAACAAUGAAAAGACAAGGUGCAGAAGUUGAAGAGUACAUUAACAAAAGUAAGGCUCAACAGACAAAAGGACCAAUAGACCCUGUUUCUUAUGCUGAGGGCCUGUUAAAAAUUAAAUCUCAGCAUCGUGAGGAAAUAGGUAACCUGGAAAACCAGCUGGACAAAGAGCAUGCUCAUCUCUUAGCAGAGAUGAUCGAUGCAACUGCACAAACAGCCAGUGAACAAAUGAAAAUGGUGGAAAAAGAAUUGCAAGGAAAACUAAAGGAGAAGGGUAUGACAGACAAGAUGAUAGCUAUACUGAUAAAAAAGCAUGAAGCUGAGACAGAAGAUUUGAAGCAAAAGCAAGCAAGGAACAGACAGAAUCAAGAAAUCAAGUUGAAAGAAGAGCUGGCUAGACACCAAAGAGAGUGGGCAGCCAGAAGAGAGAAGGAACAACAAGAACAGGAAGAUUUGCGGGAACAUGAGGCAGAUGUUAUGGAAAAACUUGUGGCAAGCCAAAUGUCAAUCUCAGAAGAUGAAAGAAACAGAAUUAUGAAGGAGCAUGAGAAACAGAUGGUUUUUCUGGAAAACAGCUUGACUUUAAACAAACUGCGACAGCAGCGUGCAUUGGAGGAACGUCUGUCUCAGAGACGAGCCCAGCAAAUGAGCAAGCUGCAAACACAGCAGCAGAGUGAGCUGAAGAAGCUUCAGAAGACUGCAGAGAACAAUGGAGAAGAGGACAGUGAAGACACACAAAGGGCUACAUUGGAGCUGAUGAAACGUCAGACCCAGCAACGUAUUGCCAUCAUUCAAGGGCAACAGCUUAAUGUAGACGAUGAACUGAAACAGAUCCGGAUAGAAAUGAUGCAGGAAAGAGCUCUUGCAUUGCGUUCUCAGGAGGAGCGGCUUGGUGCCAUGAUAUCUGCACUACAGAUGGAGAAAGCACGUGAGGUGACAAAAAUUGAGGAGCAACAGAAAGCCAUCAACAACCUAAAAGCUAAUCUUAUGGAUGACCUCAGUGACCGUGGUAUUCUCACAAUAUCACAAUGUGAAAAAAUUCUUCAAGAUCACAGAAAUGUGCAGGAACAGGUGAACAAAAAACUGGACAGGCAACGACAGAAGCAGGAGGAUAAAGUGAAAGAAAAGCUUCAAGAAAGAUUGGCACAGCAUGAAAAUAUUCUUCUUGCUCAGCAUGAAGCAGAAAUGUCAAGAUUGAUGUCAGGUACAAACAAGAUGGCUGCCAAAGUGCGGCAGGCCAUGCUUAUGCACAAACAUAUGCUGGAGAAGGAGAAAUUCAGGAACCGCAGGAACCGAGAGAUGACUCAAGUUGUGGAAGAAACCCGUCGUAAAUUUGAGAUCAACAAACUUGAGAACAUGCAAGAACAGGAGCUGGCCUUCAUUGCAGGCCUUGUACAGCUUGGUGCCUUUCACCAAAAUGAGCUUCUGGAUGUACUGCACAUGCUGUUUCCCACCAAGACAGAGGAGGCUAUCCAGACCCUUUUAGCUCGCAUCACAGAAGGCUUGCAGAAUACAGAGAAACAAAAUGUAAGUAACAAUCAGAGCAGCAGUUUGGUUGAGAGGGUUCACAAUUCCAAGCUUGCAAGUGCUGCUGCCUUCAGCAGCAGGCUUAGCCUCAGGUCAGCUGGUGGGAGUGUGAAUAUGAAAAGUAAAAGUAUUAGCAAGACGGCAUCAUCGAUAAACCCACAGCCAGAUGCUUAUAGAGACAGCAAGAUCCAGGCGAGUACCUUCAACUACAAUGGAAAUUACCUGUCAGAACAUGAAGACUACAGCACUGAUUAUAUUGGCCUUGGGGUAUCAAUGUCUCAUGACAUUAACCCUGCACCUGCAGGCAAGCUGCCUCCAUUAGAUCAGGAACAGCCUAAGAAGAAAAAGAAAAAGUUUUUGAAAAGACAUGCUGCAGCCCAUGAGGUUGAUGACGAUGUUUCUUUUUAGCUUUACGUACUGUGUCCCUUUGUUUAUCAGUUUUGAUCUGUGAUACUUUUGUGAUGGAAACAUGCUCACAAGGAUAUUUUACAAGUGUUGGUUUAGAGAACACGUUAUGCUCUGGCUGCAACAAGGCAUUUUGAAUGAAGGGCUGACUGCAACGAAAUAACUUGUUCAUCUUACUUUCAGUGUUAUUCAAGGUGAUACAGGGAUUUUCACCCUCCAGUCUUCAACAAAGGAGAAGAUGGUUUGCUGCCAUUUGUAACAAUCAAACACAGUUUCAUAUGCAAGUAACCUUAAAGUUAAAAAAAAACUUACUGACAGAGAUAAUUUAAUGUUUUUAUUGUUGUUGUGCCAUAUUUGACAUGUUCUUUUUUGAGAUUAUGUGAUAAGAGUGUAUUGAAUCUUCAUAUAGUGUAAACAAGUACUUUGAAAUCUGGGCCUUAAACCAAGCCAAUUAUAUCAUGAAAACAUUAACAUUUCUACAUCCCUGUGGUUAAUGUACUUGACUGUGAGGCAAAAGUUUAUUCCAUGCUAGUUCAGGGGCAGUAACUGGAAAGUCUUGUGCCUACCGACUGGUAAUAGGCACCUGAUUUAUAAUAAAAAGUAAAAGGUGCGAAGAGACAUGAUGAACAACUGGCCUUCUGCCGUAUGUACUUUACGCUUAUUAUUGUUAAAGGUCUCAGGGAGUGCAAAAUUUUUUUCUAACUAGAUAAUGCUCAAUAUGAGGUACUAUUUUCCCUACUCUGGAUGAAGUCUCCCUUUUAAAGACAGGAUAUGUUACACUGAGCUUCACCCAGUCAUUAGAAGAAUACAUUUGCACCUCACUAAACCUUGAACAGCUGGCAGCAGCUUCUCACACUUUGAGCUCUUUCCAUUUAAAGUAGCAAGAUUUGUUUAUAAACAAUAGCUCGUACCAAUCAAAUGAAUCUAGAAAUGAUAAGUGCCAUGUUCUGCUGUACAGCCUAAUAGGUUAGACCACAUUUCUUGACGUAAGCAUACAAGUUGUACAGGCCAAAAUGUUUCAAGGUACAUGUUUUUGGACUCGGUGUUAAUCUAUAUGGUUAACCAUUUCUCUUGCAGCUUUUCUGUUAUCCUUUUGUGUGAAAAAAGCAAGAACAAAAAGACAAAUCUUUUUUAUAUGGAGACUGAGACAAAUAUUUUCUAAUUUUAUAAAAACAAGAGAGAGGAAUCAUACAAUUGUUUUUGCCUUGAUUUUGUGAUGGUGAAGCCAGCAUGCACUGAAAAUAUCUGGAUGUUUUGUUGGCUUUAAAAUGGCUGUGAUACUUUUUAUAAAUGUUCUUGAUAGUAUAUACAUUUUCUCUGAGCAUGUCAGAGUGAGGUGGAGAGAGUGAGAAAAAGAAUUAUAAACAUUUAGUUUUGUUUUAGAAAACAAGAAAGUUAAGUUAGACUUCAAUGUUAGCAUCUGAGGGAUGUGAAAAUAUGGGGUUUUUAACCUCUUUCUUUUCUCAAAAGUGUCAUGUGCUGUAAACUUUUUUCUGAGUUGCUGUUUUAACAUUUCCAACACACAUUCAGCUGAUUCAGGGGUUGUAGUUACAAACUGGACGUACCUGGCUACCUACUUGUCCACAAUGGCUGGAUCAAGGUUGGAGUAAAAUUGGGUGGGUGGUGGCAGGGAGGACAUUGAUUUUCUUCGCAGAGCCAGAACUGAGAAGUAUCACAAUAAAGCAGCUAGUCCUGAAACGGGUCCCACAAGAAAAAGAUCAGCAUAUCCAAGAUCAGAUAUGAACCUAAGACAACCAGUUCUUUGCACUGUGAUAAGUGCUUGUUGCUUCACCAAGUUGUCUCCAAUGUAGCUGGAACAAUGGAACUAACCAAACUGAAGAAAAUGAAGGCAAGUGAGAAUAGACCAAUUUGGAACUAGGCCAACUCAUACUUACUACCUCACGUGUACUACAUGUUUUCCUUUUUUUUUUUUGAAACUGGCAUAAGAGACAAGUUUUUGAGGGCAAAAAUCUAAAAAGCUUUGUAUCUUAUAUUUUUCUUGGAGACUGACAUGCAGUCAUUUUUAAUAUAUCACGCAUAAACUCACCAUGAUUGCUGCUAAAACUCAUAAAAAUCAAAGGAAACCUUAUCAUAAAAAGAAGAUCACAGUCAUCCUGUUGUCUAUCACUUUUUACAGUUUUAAUGGGUUUUUUAAUUUCCUUUUAAAGGACACCCAUUUACCUCAAUUUUAUAUUGUAUAUAUGUGCAUGUGAAAAGUGAAAAUUGUUAAAUUCUCUUUCUUUUAUGUUUACCAGACACUUAUUCGAAGCUUGGGCUACCAUUGCUUCUUAAAUAAAAUGGAUUACUGUCCUCAGGCAGGAGGUUGGAGUCCUUACCAGUGUACCUAGGUGCAUCCAUUCCCGACCUAUUUCUAUAAUAAUGCUUUGUAAAAGGAGCUCAACAGUCUUGGGGGUACCUGAUAGUGUGGUAGUUAAAACACUCAUCCCUGCAGUAAGGUCCUGGGCUCGGACCUCAAGAUGCUGUCAGUGGUUUAAAGUACAAGCAUGAUGCAGAUGCCUUCCAUCCAAAUGUGGCUCUGGCCAGUAUUAUGACCUCCACUGGGUGGCUCACUAACUCUUCUCUUUAGUCCAUUCUACCUCUGUAUUAAUCUGCCCAGUCUUCAUCUUGUUGGCACCAUUUUGUCUACAUGACUUGCAGCAGCCUAAAACUGCUACAUGUAUGUUGGUUAGUGGGAUUUUGGCAGAGCCCACAUCCUGAUAGUUAUUCUCAAUGUCUGGUAAAGCUAAUGAAAAAAAUGAAAUUUUCUACAUAAAAUUCUCUGUCUUACCAGACAAUAUUACACACAAACAUCCUCCCAGCAUUUUCCACAUCUGCAAAGUGGGGGUUGAUGUGCACUUUCUACAGCUUAUCAGGCAGUGUAGAGUGGAUACACCUGGGUACAUAUCUCCUAGUGGCCAGCAGCCCCAAGCAGUCUGGUAAACUUAACGAAUUUGUAUUUGUAUUACUCUUAACCUGUGGCAGUGAAAGCUAUGCAUGGCAUUUCUUCGUUUGUGUGUGUGUUGGGGGCACAAGCAAGGAAUGUAAACAAGUGGGAUUGUAUCUGUAUUUUCAUCCCUAUAAUUAUGCCUUUUAUGCAUUGUUUGUGUAAUGUAUAUCAAACUUUCAAACAAGCAAGAAUGUAUUGGUGUGUGUAUAUAUCUAUGCACAGUGUGAACUAACACAGAUAUAAGUUUACACAUCUCCAUUUGCUAAGCAGCUGGAUGAGCAACCAUAAGAAAAUGCAUGGGAAAUCUGUUCAAUAAUGAUAAUUCAAAAUUAUAACAAAACAAUACUGAUCCUUGAAAUUGUACCUACCAUCCAUAUAUUCUGAGUUGUGACAAUUUUGAAAUUAUUUUUUUUUAUCUUUUAUCUUGUACCCAGAUAUUUUCAAGAUAAUUCUUAGAAGCACAGUUGUUUGGUUUUACUUUAAGGAAAAAUAAAGUGAUGUUAUAUUAACCCUAAAAUAGAAACUUCUAUUCUAAGAAACUUCAAAUACAGUUUUCGUGGUCUUGUAUACUGAAACUAAGAACUAUAAGGCAGUAUACUCGUACUAACUUUUUAUUCUUAAAGCACCUAAUUUGUUGUGGCUUUACAUUUACAGUUUACUAUCAAGUUUUACACAAUUUAACAUAAACAUUAAUCAAUUAUGCUAAUCCUAAACAUCAGACUGACAUUUGACAUUUUGGUUGAGUGAAUGGUCAAGAAAAGUAUGAGAAGAAAGCCAUUCUUCCAUGUUCUAUAGAAAGAGGAAAGACAAUACAUGCCCAGAGUCUACGCAUUCAGAUUAAUAUAGUUCCAAAGUCCAUGGAAACUUUGUGACAAGAGGACAUGAGAAAAAUUUUAAUGAGGAAUAAAUCCACAACUAAAUAUAAUUCAGAUCUGCAAUGACCCCCAAAUAUCACAAUGCAAGUAUUUUUAAACAGCAAAAUGUUAUGGUCAUGUCAGUACUUUUAUCACAGAAGUGGUUUUGUGUAUUCAACCACAAGAAGUACUAACACUCAUCCACACAUAAUGAAUUAGACAUUCACACAAGUGUAUGUUAGCACAUACACAAAACAGCACACGCAUGCAUGUACUUAUGCCUAUGAGUACAACAUGAAAGCAGUCCAUACAUGCAUGUGCAUACACACACAAGGACGAAACACAAAAUAAGAUUAAGUAGCUUAGAGCAAGUGUGUUGAAGACCCAGCUGAUUUAAAUGCAUAAUGUAGUGAAAUAACUGUACAAAUUAAAGAAUACAAAAAUGUCUGCCAUGGAGAGUUUCUUGUAGCAAGAUAUACCCAAAUGAGACAAAACACAUCUCAGAAAUAACAAGUAAAAGAACAAUAGCCUAAGCGGCGGUCGACUGUUGCUUGCUCCUUGUGUGUGGAGGACAUAGCACUUGAAAGGGAAAGCCCAAACUUCUGCCACCUGAUUUUUAGCCUUAUGGUGCUAGGUGGGCUUUUAAUUUCAGCAUGGAAACCACCAGACUACAAAUUCCCCAUCCACACACAAGAAUAUACCUGUGGGAACACUGAAAAUGGAGACUACCCUUCAAAGCCUAUUUCUCAGGAACUCUGCUUUAGCAGUUUUAACUUGCAACAGCAAUCCAAAAAUAUAAUAUGCUCUCUAUAAUAAAUGUUUUAGAAAAAAAAUAAAAUAUAGGCAAGGUCUUUUUUGUGGGGCAAAUAAAUCUGUAGAAACCAAAAUACCAGGCAAAAAAAAAAAAUCUUCAUAAAAGAGUCUAACUCAUGCAAAACCAACCAAAAA